AUGGAGGAUGGACGAGGUGAUUUGCAUGAGGUUGAGAUACCUACGAUCGUUACAAGGAAGAUCAAAUUUCUUGUCCUGGAGCAGUUAGAACGGACUACAAUUGUUCCCAUCUCCAUCCUACUCCUGCAUAAACUCAGGGGGUGGAAAGAUAACAUGGAGUCGAUGGAGCAUCAUCUUUGGAGUAAGCAUGAUGCAGAUGUGGGAGAUAUAGGCUCAUUGUUGAGGAUUGUCCUGGAGGGAAUGAGUAUGCAGGAAAGGAAAAAAUCGAUGUAUUGGAAGCGGUUUGCACUGGAAUGGUUCAAUGAAGAAUUUUGGGAUGGGACCAAGCAUCGGGUAUGGAAGCACAUGAGGGAUCAGGACACGAAUACGGGAUUGAUGCAGUACAUGAGCAGCAAGUAUGUAGUCAAUCGAGUAAAGAAGAGAAAAGCAUAG